GGCUAGAGGUUUCUCUCUCAACCUUGACGCCAGCCGGCAGUCCGUCCGCUGUAACUCUACUCGAGCGUCAAUUUCUGCCGGGCCGACACGUCGCAUCCCACACGGAUUCAACAUGGGCAGCGUGCUCUUCUGGUGCAUCGCGGUCAAUGCAGCUGCGGCAGGCUGCGGUCGACGCCUCCUCCGUUCCCGGGUGAUUGGGCUGAUGGCAACGAAAGACGACGCGAAGGUGAUGGCAGAGUGGCUGGAGCAUAACAUGGGUUCGCUGGCUGGGCUCGCCGUGUUUGACUCAUCGCGUGGGACGGAGACGCAGUCGGUGAUUGAAGCGUACGUGACGCGCUGCGGCGCCAACAUCACGUACCACCGCGAGGACGAGCUCGCGGCGCCACUGGUCUCGCAUUCGGACCAGGCGGUGCGGUACUGGCCGCUCCGCGCGCUCCGCGAGCGCUGGGGCGUCGGGCGCUGGGUGAUGGUGGCGCACGCGGACGAAUUCUGGUACCACGAGCCGGAGUUGGUGGCACGCGCUGCGGACACGCGCAUGGAAGCGGGUUUGAUGCCCCGCUGUCAGGUCGUCUCGUGGUACGCGCCGCAGGUCGUGCCCCACCCUUCGGAGUAUGAGCGCUACAUAAGGUCCAGGCGCCAACCGGUGCAGACGCUCUUUCAGCAUUUCCACACGGACGCGCCGGGCGAACUCGUGAAGUUGGAGGCGCGACUGUUCCUCGACGACGGUCGCGACUAUGUUGCGAACUCGACUGCACGACAGGGAACUGUACCCGCCGGCCUUACACCCUGUCGCCUGACGGGCCCGGCUUACCUGCACUACAAGGUAGUGGACCCGGACCCGGCAGUAUAUGACUCACAGGGCCGGCACAGGUCGCAUUGGACUGGACACGGCGCGCCCGGCGUCGGCUUCGGGCAUGACGUGUCGUCGAUCCGAGAUUUUUUCGUCGAACACUUCCGUCGCUUCACCCGCGUGUACCGGUUUGAAGGCUGCCUCUCGGCGCUGGUCCCCGAAUUUCCAGGGCUCGCCGACUUUGAGCCGCUACGAGUCGACCGCGUUUGGCCACUCGCGGUGGGAGAUGGCACCGCCUGCCCAACAACACGGCUCCUCGUCGAGGUCGACGCCGCGGCGGCUGCCUACGACCAGUGGCGCGCGUCGCACUUCGACCGGCGGUUCGCCGGCGUGCGUCGCUGUCGCGUGGGCGGUCUAGAGUACCGCAUCGCGGGCGGCCAUAAGCGCCUCGGCAACUGCGUCUCGACGGUUGACCACCACGCCGUCGGCUUCGACGCCGCGCCCGUGGUGCCGUUCGUGUGCCCGAGGGGCAAGCUCCGGAUCCUCGGCGAGCCCGGGUCCCACAGCGAGAAGCACGUCUGCGCGCUCGACGCGCUCAUCGCGCAGCCGCGGCCCUGCGUAUUUAUCUCGGUCGGCAGUUCGGGGAACUUCGUCUUCGAGGCGGAGAUUGCGCGCCUGACACCGGCCCGGUGCGCGAUCGAGACGUUCGACUGCACCGGCACUUGGUCCGUGCCCAAGGCGCUUGUCGGGCGGGUUCGCCUUCACCAGGUCUGCCUCGACACCGUCGACCACUGGGGUCCGUCGCCGGCGACGUCGGAGCACCUCCGGCGGAUGAUGACGCCGCCCGCCGUCGAAUUCCUAAGUUGGCCGUCGCUCCUUCGGCGCGCCGGAUUGCCACCCGGCGUCCCACCUACCUUUCUGAAGAUGGACUGCGAGGGCUGCGAGGCGACGUUCUUCCGCGCGCUCGCGCGCGCACCGCCCGCGCUCCGGCAGACGCUGCCACCUCAGAUCGCCGUCGAAGUCCACUACCCCUUCAGAGAGGACAAAUGGGCGGCAUUCUUUCGUCGUGUCUCGCCGUUUGCACGCUGGCCGCUCGAAGAGUUUGUCGCCGAGCUCCGCGCCGAACUCGGAUACUUCAUCGCGGACCGAAACGACUGCGCCCCACAAUGCUGCUCCGAACUGCUUCUCGCAAGGACUCUCGCCCCCCCGGCACCGUCGACGGCGAUCAUGUCCGCCGCGUUAGCGCGCGACGACACGAGAUGCCCGCCGGGCCCGCGAGGCGGCGUCGCCGCGCUCCAGGCGCUCGAGCUCGGAACAGGGGAGGCGGAUGUGCUGCUCUCAAUCGUAUUGCCCACGUACAACGCGCAACCGGGCGACGUACGCCGGCACGUCGUGGCCGUCGCGCGCGCGUCGCGCUCUGCCGUGGAGCUCGUCGUCGUCGACGACGGCUCAGCGCCGGCGCUUACGCCCGCGGAGGUCGGGCUGGAUCGCACUGCAUCGAAGAUUCGCUACAGGUUCGCCCGUAUUACGGUCGACAUUCCCUGGAACGUCGUCGGCGCGAAGAAUCUCGGUGCAGCCCUCGCGCGUGGCCGGUGGCUCCUGUUCCUCGACGCCGACAUCGUCGCGCCCGCCGGCGCCAUCGACGCUAUGGUGGGUCGACUCGAGGCUGGGGGUGAUCUCGCGGCUGGCGACGCCUGGGUGUUCGCGCGGCGGCAGGCCGGGGGCCAAAUCAUGGCCCGAGGACCGCACCCGGCUGUGGUACUCCUCCGGCGCUAUGACUUUUGGGCACGCGUCGGAGGAAUGGCCGAGGACUUUGCCGGGUCAUGGGGCACGGAAGACACCCUCUUGAAAAUGCAAGUGAAACUCUUGACACCUCGCCCCACCUUCGAGCCCGGCAUCGUUCUUCCCGUCGCGCCCAAAGUCAUUCUUGACCAGCACCGCUUGCGCUCGAGACCAAAUUCCACUGGAAAACCUGCGCGCAAUGGCACGCGCAACCGGUUGCUUCUCAUCGAUCUCACGAGAGAACGUGUCGAAAAUAGCGCCACCUAUGACCCGCUUGUGCAGUGUGUCCUCCGAUUCCCGUACGAGCUCUUCGAAGAAGGUGGCGCGCCGGUAGUACUGGUCAACGCCAAGGUGCGCCGCGUGUCCACGUCAGCGACGACAGUGUAUUGGACCGUCGUCACUACUGUGCUUUUGUUCAUCGUCAUGAGGUGCUGGAACGCACGCAAUAUCCACUGAGAGGGGACUGAUGGAUCUUGUCCCUGUCGGCGAGCCUCGUGGCCCUCAGCGCCACGUCUCUCAAUUAUGAUACCGGAAUGCGAACCUUGGCUGCCCACAUUCCUGCAAAGUGUUAUGGGGCACAUGAGACAGCUGAAAGCUAGGCCAUCCUAGAAACAAAAUCAACAUCCAACUUUGUGUAUUAUCCGAGUCGGCUCCGGUGAACAUACCAUCGGAAACUUACCACUGGCAAGGAAAUCAAGAAAUCGAGCCGCCGCGCGAAGGCAGCAAACCCUGCGCGAGUGCGCCCACGACCCGUCGCGGGCGAAACAAUUCUGGAACGUGGUGCUAGAAAACCGAUGUUACCAACCCCGGGGGCCCUGGCUUCAGGCAGGUUCAUCCCGGGGCCCGAACCUGUAUGCAUGUGUAGUGAACAAGGAUCUUUCCAACAAUUUAGAGGAG